GGCGGCGGCGGCAGGUGGCGCGGGAGGCCGCGACGCGCCAUGGGGCUCCCGGCGCUGCUGGCCAGUGCGCUCUGCACCUUCGUGCUACCGCUGCUGCUUUUCCUGGCCGCGGUCAAGCUCUGGGACCUGUACUGCGUGAGCAGCCGCGACCGCAGCUGCGCCCUCCCUUUGCCGCCCGGAACUAUGGGCUUCCCCUUCUUCGGGGAAACACUGCAGAUGGUGCUACAGCGAAGGAAGUUCCUGCAGAUGAAGCGCAGGAAAUACGGCUUCAUCUACAAGACGCAUCUGUUCGGGCGGCCCACCGUGCGGGUGAUGGGCGCCGACAACGUGCGGCGCAUCUUGCUCGGGGAGCACCGGCUGGUGUCGGUCCACUGGCCCGCCUCUGUGCGCACCAUCCUGGGCUCCGGCUGCCUCUCCAACCUACACGACUCCUCUCACAAGCAGCGCAAGAAGGUGAUUAUGCGGGCCUUCAGCCGCGAGGCGCUCCAGUGCUACGUGCCGGUGAUCGCCGAGGAAGUGGGCACUUGCUUGGAACAGUGGCUGAGCCGCGGCGAGCGCGGCCUCCUGGUCUACCCCCAGGUGAAGCGCCUCAUGUUCCGCAUCGCCAUGCGCAUCCUGCUGGGCUGUGAGCACCGGCUGGCGAGCGGCGGGGACGCCGAGCAGCAGCUGGUGGAGGCCUUCGAGGAAAUGACCCGCAAUCUCUUCUCGUUGCCCAUCGACGUGCCCUUCAGCGGGCUGUACCGGGGCUUGAAGGCGCGGAACCUCAUCCACGCGCGCAUAGAGGAGAACAUUCGCGCCAAGAUCUGCGGGCUGCGGACCGCCGAGGCGGGCGGCGGCUGCAAAGAUGCGCUGCAGCUGUUGAUCGAGCACUCGUGGGAGAGGGGAGAGAGGCUGGACAUGCAGGCACUAAAGCAAUCUUCAACGGAACUCCUCUUCGGGGGACAUGAAACCACAGCUAGUGCAGCCACAUCUCUGAUUACUUACCUUGGGCUCUACCCCCAUGUUCUCCAGAAAGUUCGAGAGGAGCUGAAGAGUAAGGGUUUACUUUGCAAGAGCAAUCAAGACAACAAGUUGGAUAUGGAAAUUUUGGAACAGCUUAAAUACAUCGGGUGUGUUAUUAAAGAGACCCUUCGCCUGAAUCCCCCAGUUCCAGGAGGGUUUCGGGUUGCUCUGAAGACUUUUGAGUUAAAUGGCUACCAGAUUCCCAAGGGCUGGAAUGUUAUCUACAGUAUCUGUGAUACUCAUGACGUGGCAGACAUCUUCACCAACAAGGACGAAUUUAACCCUGACCGAUUUCUGCUGCCUCACCCGGAGGAUGCAUCCAGGUUCAGCUUCAUUCCAUUUGGAGGAGGGCUGAGGAGCUGUGUAGGGAAGGAGUUUGCAAAAAUUCUUCUCAAAAUAUUUACAGUGGAGCUGGCCAGGCAUUGUGACUGGAGGCUUCUAAAUGGACCUCCUACAAUGAAAACCAGUCCCACCGUGUACCCUGUGGAUGGUCUCCCUGCGAGGUUCACCCAUUUCCAGGGGGGGGUCUGAUGGGCUCGAGGGCCCGGAAUUCAGACCUAUUUGAAGUGUACAUGAGUUUUUACACAGUGUCAUGUUGAUUUUAUUAUAUUUAAUUUCUAAAAAUGUAUAUUAUAAUAUUUAUGUGUCUCCACUACAGUACAACAAUCUUUAAAUAUUAAAAUAAUGAAUUUGGAUAGUUUCCAAAUAAAGUAAAAUCUGAAGGUGUUUGUCUUGCAUUUAAGAUUCCUGUGGGGGGAAAACUCCCUGGUUUUAUAUUUGUAUAUUUAACCUGAUUUCGAAGUGUCUACAUGAAUGGCUUUAUUUGUUAUCUGUGCGUAUCUAUUUUCUUGUGAGGAAGAGACUUUAGCCGUUAUUUCUCUUAACCGUUAUUAGAAAACAUAAUGUGUGUGUGUGUGUGUGUGUGUGAGUUAGUCCAAACGUAACUUUGUAAAUGUUUCUAUGGUUUAGAUACCCUAUUUGGAAAAUCUAUCGAAGUGAGUUUUAGAUUUUUUUUUUUUGCUUGCUUUGCUUUAGGGAAAGAUGGAUUUGAAAAGGUAAUACUUUGAGAAUCAUCAUACUCUAACGUAACACCUUCAGCCAUAAACUUAUUAUGUUUAGUAAACAUAAUAAAUCCAUGUUGUUCCAUAGUGCC